GAACAUUGAUGCUGACCAACAGAGUUUAAUAACAGCUACUGCUGCGAUCAACAAACAGAACAACUGCUAAGCGCGGAUCAGAAGGGAGCAAAGCAGUGCAGAACAAUUGUUGUUGGCCAUUGAUGCUUUGGUGCCUUAACUUCACGCUUAUUUUACUACGAGGAGCUGUUGACAGUGGAAAGCUUUUCGACUGAAUUGUUUGUGCAGACAAACGACACCACCAACAGUUGGAUUAUUGUAGCUGUGGAAUUGAAAAUAAAUAAAAUAAACUAAAACUCAACGAACCGGGUCAAUUAAACGAAAUUUAAACAGAGCAUUAAAUUAGCAGUAAAAGCGCAGCUGGAAAAUUUGCUGAGUUUUCGGCUGUUGAAAGAAGUGUUGAUUACUGAUCAAUUUUACAGUUUUUUUAUUACAAUUUUUGGGCCUUUGGUGUAAUGGCUGUUAGUACUAGCAAAGUUUUGGAGUUGCUGCUGCUGUUAUUGCCACUGCUAGUUUGUACUACUAAGUGCGUCUCAGCAGCGAUUUUAGCGCCCAUGCGUGACGUGGCGCCCAACGAAGACAUCGGCAGCAAUGUGCUCGCAAAUCUCGAAUUGGAGGCCUAUUAUGAGCGACAACAGCAGCGCGAUAUGAGUCAAACCUUCAACAUGGACGAGGAACUCGAGGACGAAAGUGAAGACGAUGAAUUCUGUGUGUGGCAUAAAUGUGAUAACGAUCUGCGCGAGCCACGUGGCUUCAAGAAAUACUUUGACUUCUCAUUCCUGAAGAAAUUCAUGAGCCACUUAAAUCCCUUCGGCAUGUCGCGCAUGAACAUGAACUUCUAUCUUUUCAAACAGGACUUUCCCGAUUGUGGGCGCGAGCUGCGCAUAAACGAUAAGCGCGAAGAUAUCCUGGGUGCAGGUUUUAAUCCCAGACACCAAACACGCAUCAUCAUUCACGGCUGGAUGAGUCAAUCUCGCGGCUCCUUCAAUCGCGACGUUAAAAAUGCCUACCUCAAACGCGGCGACUACAACGUAAUUGUUGUCGAUUGGAGUGCCAGCGCUACCAAUGUCAAUUACUUUGCGGUCGUCAAAAUGAUUGAAGGCUUUGGCGCACAAGUGGCACGCUUCACGCAACACCUCAAGCGCACCGUUAACGCCGAUUAUGAUGAUAUGUACUUGAUUGGUCACUCGCUUGGCGCGCAAAUCGCUGGUGCUGCGGGCAAGCUCAUUAAACCGGCGCGUUACAACACCAUCUUUGCAUUAGAUCCGGCUGGUCCGAAAUUCCGUCAUCGCAGUGCCGAAUUUCGCAUUGAUCCUUCCGAUGCCAAGUACGUCGAAUCUAUACAGACAAGCGGCAAUUUGGGCUUCCUCGAACCGACCGGUAAUGCCACCUUCUACCCAAACUAUGGAUUAUACCAGCGUAGUUGCUACUAUGUGGGCUGCUCGCACAUACGCGCCUACAAAAUGUUUGCCGAAUCCAUUAUAACCGAUGUGGGUUUCUGGGGUACGCGCUGUGAACGUCGUGAGCCGGAAUGGGAGUGCAAUGAAAAGGCGCCUUCGAAUGAUUUGUAUCGCAUGGGGGGAGAGCCAGUGCAAGAGAAAAGUGGCAUAUUCUAUGUUAAAACGAAUAAAAGUGCGCCGUUUGCGUUGGGACGAAAUUGGCAAGAUGCGGAAUGAGUAUGAGAAAGUCGAAUAAAUAUGGGGAAUUUUCUAUUAGAUAGUAAACAUUAAAAAAUGUGAUAUUUUAGUUGAAUUUGAAAUUUAAUAUCACUUUUUUUAUAUUCAUAUUGAAUUCAGUAACGUACACUUUGAGUCAUUUAAUAAUAGAUUUUAGGUAAAUAAGUGCUUUAAGACUGCUUAUGAAACAUUAUCAUUAACAUAAGAGUUCAUUCGUUGCUGAUUUUAUACCGAACACUUGUUUAUAGAAUGAAAACUUUAAUUAAGAAACAAAAAUACAAAAUGAUUAGUUUUGAUUCCAAGAACUAUUUUAUUUAGAUAUCCAUUGUAAGCCACAUUCCGGCCAGAUGAGCAUCAUGUUUAGAAUCGUUGUCCUGGUAAAAUGUGAACUAUAUUAUUACUAUCCCAGUUCUAUCCGUAGUAUUUUACAAACAAAAUAUCCAAAUAUUUUACUGAUAUGGUCCCCGGGCCAUGCCCUUAUAAAGGGUAACGAAUUUGCUGAUAGCACAGCUAAAUACGCCACCAUAGCUCCUGUAUUAACAACUACUAAUCUAAAUGUUAAUGAUACAGCUGAAUUUCUCAAGAAAAAAUUCAUAAAACAAUAUAAACUUGGCAAAAAUGCUCAACUAGGUAAAAGUGCUAAAUGUUAAAAAGCUUGAUUUAAGCAACCUCCUAAAACACGCUAACCUUUCACUUUCUAGAAUGGACCUUAUUAAACUCACGCGAGUACGUCUGGGCCAUUCAAAAUUAACCCAUGAUCACCUUAUCGACAGCAAUACCCCCAGAACAUGUCAGUUUUGCAACUCCACCCCGAUCUCCAUUAACCACGUUAUGUCCGAAUGUUAUCCCUUCAACUCACUAAGAAACCAUAUAUUCCAUAACACCGAUCCCAUUCAAUGCAUUUCCAACCCCACAAUCGUUAAUAUUAAAAAAAUUAUAGCUUUCUUAAAAAUAUCAAAAUUAUAUUGCGAAAUUUAAACAAACAUGUCGAAUAAAUAUAUUAUAUCUCCUAAUUUAUAAUGAAAUUCUAAACGACGCAUAAGCACUUAGUAUUAAGCAUUAAUUAAGCACUAAUUUUACAUCAUAAGAAGAAGCUGAAGGCCUUAGCAGCCAUAGCUUUCCUAACUAGGCUUAUAAUUUUAAUUAUAAGCUUCAGUUUGUAAUAAUAAUAAUAAUAAACUAUAUUAUUAAACUAUUA